AUGUCCCUCCCUCAGGCCACCAAAGACAUCAGCGAGCACCCCGCCGCCAACAGCGUCGUCGACCCCGUCGACAAGGGUGCCAAAGCCGCGGACGUCGACCGCAAACUCCUCUUCUUCGGCGUCGUCUCGGCCUUCCGCGAGUCCCGCAUGCCCUCCAACCCCCAGAUCGACGCCGCCCUCCAGUACGCCCUCGCCCACUCCCCCAUCGACACAGCCUCUCUUUCCCCCGACGGCCAAAAGCUCAUCCAGGACUCGCGCGACAUCAUCGAGACUGCCCGCCUCAUCGUCCAGGAGAAGAACGCGGAUGAACUCUUCCAGAAUUUCGUCUGGCACACCCGAGACAUCGACCUCAGCGGCGCCAAGAAGGACCCCAGCGAGGUCGUUCCGGUCGACCAGGAGAAGGCACGCUCUGAUGGCCAGCAAGCCGUCCAGCAUCUCCGCACACUCCUGUCCCUCAUCCUCACCAACUCAGAAGUCCGCAAGCUUCUGUCUGACUUCAGCGUCAUCGGACGCGAUCUCCUCGCACGCGGCGCGAGCAAGCUCGCUGAUAAGGCGCGUCCGGACGAGGAGCGUCUCCGUCAGGUGGACGAAGCUGCUCCGCGGGACCAGUUCAUCACAGAGGGCGGGCGUGCGGCAGGCCUGAACGAGACACCGGUUCUUGAAGCACGCAUCCCAGGAACAGACACCACAGUGUCUCAGCACCCACGCGAUGAGCUCGGCCAGGGCGCGAUGGUCAAGCAGGGUGACGGUGAACUGAAGACUGGUGCACAGGCCAUGGACGAGACACAGCAGCGCGCAGGCGAGAUGGCAGAUCGCGCCAAGAACGAAGUUCAGCUCCAGCGCGACGAAUUUAGCGACAGUGUCGGCGGCGACGCCGUCCCGGAAGAUCAAACGGACGCCGAGGCGAAGAAACAAGGCUUCAUGGGUAAAAUGCGCGGUCUGCGUGAUAAUCUUACGGAUCGCAUCCCGCAAGAAAACAAGGAUAAAGCGAACGACCAAUAUGACCGUGCGAAGCAGUUCCUCAGCGAAGAAUACUUCCCAGAGGAACGUAGAGACCAGUUUAUUUACCGUGGAAAGAAGGUUAUCAUUGAGUGCCAGAAGCACAAGGACUACCAGGCAUCCAUCCAAUGGCUUCUCAAUUUCUUGGAAGAAUACGCGUCGCACGGCAAGACGAUUGCAGAGCACGGCAAAGACUCCCAGGAGAAGGCGACAUCAGAUCCAGCACUGCAGCAGGCAAUAGGCGAGCUGCGCACUCUGCUUGAGCGAUUCGCGAACGGCAUGAGCCUGAGUGUCAUUGGUGACGCGAUGCAGGAACUAUGGAACGACGCACAGAAGGAUCGGGAACUGCGUGAGUGGUUCCAGAGUGUGGAUAAAUACACGCGCAAGGUAUUGCUCGACGCGGGCUUCGUGCUCGAGCCACGGUGCAACGAAGAGGCAAAUCGGCUGUGUGAGAGCGGCCGCCAAUUCUACGAUGAGAAGUAUAAGGGUCAUUUCGAUAACUUGUUCUCGAGCACUGGGGAUUGGUUCCGUGCUCUGGGCGACGAUCCCUUAAACAAGAGGUUCGGCGAGGAUUGGGCCCGGUUGACGAAAGAUUUGCUAUUCGACAGCGAAGGAAGCCUCAAGUUUAAGCCGGAGCUGUGGAUGGAUAUCCGCAAGGUUAUCCUCCCAGGUAUCAUUGACCACGUUGGCUACCUCCCUAUCCCUCGCAUCGAAUACACGGAUGACUCGCUCGACCUCGUAGUUGAAAAUCUCGCAUUAAAGGGACGCAAUCUCUUCCCCAACAUCGUUAGCAUAGAGGCACACAACUUCCUCAAGUUUAGCCCUUAUGAUGCUAUUCAGGACGAGAGCCAUCACGAGUUUACUCUGACGUUUGGCCAGAUUCAAGCGGACAUGCGCGACGUCGCAUUCUACUUCAAGAAGAAGACCGGAAUCAAGUUGUCGGACUCGGGACUUGCUGACGUCCUCCUUGGCGGCGAGGGUCUUACCGUUACGGCACACGUCACGUCGGCGGGUAAGGACAAGUCGUCCGUGUUCAAGGUGAAGAACGUGCACGUGAAGGUGGCAACUCUCAAGUUCUCGAUCCGCGACUCGAAACACGACAUCUUGUACAAGACACUACGACCACUUGCGACGGGCUUGGUGAAGAAGCAGUUGCAGAAGGCGAUCGCGGAUGCGGUUACUACGGGUCUGGAAUACGUCGAUGGACAGCUCGUCGGCGUACGCGACCGCAUGGCGGAGGCGAAGGCGAGCGAAGAUAAGAGUCGGACGCAGGUGUUGCAAGAGAUGUUCAAGCGCAACAAAGAGGAGGCACAAAGUGUGAAGAGCAAGACGGAUGAUAAGAACGCGCACUUCAAGAUCGUGUCCCGCCGUGACUCCGCGAUCAUUCCGAAUGCGGGCCACCCGUCCGGCUGGGUGAAUCGCACGCAAGAGCGCGAGGAUGCUGCUGUGAAGGGCGAUGCAUGGCGCAGCAAAGCGUUCGACAUUGUGUAG